UCCUAAGUCUGGCCUUCCACGACAUAGAAUCCUGGUCAGGUCUAUAUGGCUAUCUCAGAAAGCCUAACAUGGCAUAUUCUUAGAACUGCUGUCUGCUUCUAAUUUGGAGCAUAAAUCCUCCGUAGGACUUCGCACAGGCGGUUACUGCGAGAUCAGUAGAUCAUGUGUAAACCUCGACUCGUCAUGCUGCUUGUUUCUCCCUUCUCUGGGAGAAAGGUAUACCCUAUUAUAAAUACUCUCUGGUUUAAUGACACGGGCUGAAUACGCCAUCCGUUCCCACAGCGCAAUGAAGGCUUCCACCUUUGCGCUCUUCGUCCUAACCUUUGUCUUCAGAAUUGCUCUUGCAGUAUCGACAUCUCUACAUUCUCGCCAAGGGAUAACCGUCUUAACCACAGCAGAAAUCGCAACGUUCAAACCGUAUACGUUUUUUGCUAGUGCGGGUUACUGCGAACCGGAUGCGACUUUGGCUUGGGAUUGCGGAUCCGCUUGCCAAGCAAACUCGGACUUUAAGCCUGUCGCGUCUGGAGGCGAUGGAGCUGACGUGCAAUUUUGGUAUGUCGGAUAUUCCCCUUCAUUAUCCACAGUCAUAGUUGCUCAUCAAGGGACAGAUCCUUCACAGAUUGUACCGCUCCUUACCGAUGGCGAUUUCGCUCUGGCCCCUUUGGACUCUAAUAUUUUCCCUGGAAUUAGCUCUGAUAUCCUUGUUCAUGAUGGUUUCAGUGAUACUCAAGCCAGAUCGGCAAAGGAUAUUUUGCGCACUGUCACUACGGCUUUGUCGGAAUACAACACGAAUAGUGUAACUCUCGUUGGCCAUUCUCUCGGUGCUGCUUUGUCGCUUUUGGACACUGUCUAUCUUUCUCUUCACUUGAAUGCUUCAUACAGGAUGGUUGGUUACGGUUUGCCUCGGGUGGGGAACCAGGAAUUCGCCGACUAUCUGGAUGCUUCUUUUCCCGGAAAGAUUUCACAUAUAAAUAACAAACAAGAUCCUAUCCCAAUUCUACCUGGUAUGGCUCUUGGCUUCCAUCAGCCAUCUGGAGAGAUCCAUAUUGAUUCAGACGACAACUGGAAUUCCUGCCCAGGCCAAGGACUGACCCGGAAAAGGGAUGUACUGUCGGGGAUGUUAGUAGCAGUAUUUGUUGGUGACUUAAAUAACCAUGACGGUCCUUAUGACGGUGUUGAGAUGGACUCAGGCUGUUGAAACCGCCGUUUCCUAUCCAUUGCUUCCCAACUUGUCGAUAUCUGUUUACAAGGACUAAGGAGAGCUAUCCUUUUCAAGGUUUGAGA